GUUCGACUCUAGAAACUGUUUCCUUCUGUUUUAAGUUUUACUAAAAUGGAGCACUUUAAACAGACACAGAUUUACUUCCACAUAUUCCCUGACAUGCUAUCUCUUUAUGGUCAUUCCUUCUCAGUUGGCUGCCCUAGGUAAAGAAACUGGAAAGGCGUAAGAAGUAAGUGAUGGAUAUUUGAUUCUUUCCUCGAGUGAAAUAUCGCAGAGCAAAUAGACAUGACAUCCCUCAAAGUGCACGAAAACCCAAAACAAUCAGGCUUACCAGGUGCUAAAGAUGUUCGUAAGCGUUUUCGCGUACCUGGAGAAAAGGUGUGCAAGAUAUGUGAAGACAAAGCACUUGCUCAUCACUUUAAUGUAUUGUCCUGUGAGUCUUGCAAGGCUUUCUUUCGACGCAAUGCUUUAAAGAAGUCAGAAUUGACAAGGUGUCUUUUUGAAGGAAAGUGCAUCAUCUCUAAAACUACACGCAAAAACUGUGCCGCAUGCCGAUUAAAAAAGUGUUUUGAUAUGGGCAUGAAGGCUGAGCUUAUCUUUGAUGAGUGUCAGAAAAAGGAACUGAUGAAGAAAAUCAAAGAAAACAAAGCCAAGCAGGCAAGGUACCAGGAUGAUAAGACAGAGAAUGUGGUGCUAAGCAAUAGUCCUUGUAAAGCCCAUUCUUCUAGUAUUCAAUACAGUGCAUGUCUCAGCCCCAAUAAUAGUGACUUGCAGUCAUUUUCAUCUUCUUCUAGUCCUUAUAAUACAAGUUCUUCUGGAGGAACUCCAGCUGGGGAUACGUGUGAGACACUUUAACUCCAAAGCAGCCUGUGGCAGCCAGCAGUCCUUAGUGAUGCCACAGCUUGAAAAGAUGGCUAUUCAUGAACUUGACAAGGAGAUGACUAGAACUUUCAGUGCUCAUGAUAACCUCAGUGGUAUGACAGUGAUGGUGGAGGUAGUCCCUAGCUCCAAUCAAAGCACAUUUCAUUCAAGUCCAGCUGAAGCCACUAGUCAUGCUGCUUUUCCUGAUAAGCCAGGACUUUCAGUUACAUCCGUGCAGUGUCAGACUCAGCCAGUACCUCACAAACGAACCCUUACACCUGUCUCGCAAAGAAAGCCAGAGGGAUAUCAGCUGAUUUCUCACAACCAACUGCCAUCAGACCCACAAAUGUAUUGGCGUCUGUCUGAAGAGGAACGUAUGCUUCUGACCUUGCUUUCUAGUGUGUAUGAAGAAACAGUGCUGUCAAGCUUGAAGUGUGAUAAAAACAAGAAAAACAUAAGCGUCUUAACUAUCAAUGACUAUCUUGAUGAGUACGAGGUGCAGGUACGACAAACAAUAAAUUUUGUUCGUCGAUUGGAGGAUUUCAGAAGACUUGCCUCUGAUGAACAAGUAACUAUUUUCAAGGCUACCUGUCAAGCAGUGACUACUGUGCGUAAUGCAUACAUAUAUGUUGAAGAGCGACAGACAUGGCUUUCAAAUAUUGGAGAAAUUACGGUAGAGAUGAUGAGGAAUGUAUUUUCAUUUCAUGCAUACCUUGAUAGUAUGAUAGAACUGAAUCAAUCAUUAAAAUCCAUUAUCAAGAAUGAUACCAUUCUAUAUGCAGUAAUGAGUUGCAUUAUCCUCUUUGAUCCUAGCUGUGGCAAGAUUAAGGAUAGACAGCUGGUGAGUUCAAUCCAAGAUAAGUAUGUAAUCCUACUGCGUCACUAUCUUGAAUCAGAAUUCUCAUACAAGUAUAGUGACUUCUAUAUGCAGCUGCUGAUGAAAAAAUUGGUUGAAAUUCGAGAACUAAUAAUGGCUCAAAAUGAGUAUCGAAAUAUCGUGGUUGAUUCUCCUCGUCUCCGUUUUACUCAGGAGCUGUUGGCUGAGCUUUAUUCAGAAUAGUAAACAGUUGUGUGAACUUCACAGUAGCUGACAAAAUGGGCAGUUUCUACAUGUUUUGUAUACAUUGCAUAGUGUGAGCACCACGAAAAUAAUAAAGAGAGAACAGGCUUAAUAAAGUCUUUUUUUUGCAAAUGUACGAAUACAUGUCUAAUAUUUAUGGACAAGACUAAAUCAGACUUAGGAUUAAAAGGAGUUGUGUUUUAAUCUCAACCUGUAAUUUAUGCAUUGUCAAGUAUUGUUUCAUUUAAGGUCAACAUCUAAGUCAAGGAUCAACACUCAGGUGUGUUCAUUUCAUUGUGCCUGGAGAUGCUGAGGCUAUAAAAGAAAAAAAUAUUGUGAUGAAAUGGAUACAUCGGUCACAAAGUGCAGGAAGAAAAGCUUCCAAAACCACAGGACUGUAACAAACGAUGUAGCAGAAGAUGAAGGAAGAAGCACGUUUAAAGUACUUCAAAGGGAUUGUAUGUGUUGUAGACUGCUGUCAAUUCUUUGCUUUAUGGGAAUGCUUCUCGUAAAAUUCUGUCAUCAGUUGCAUCAGUACACCUCCUAAGGUCCUUUGAUGCUCUUCAUUUUUUUUCCCAAAUGUUUGUAACUGUGAUAUUUUCUUUUUGUUUAGCUUAUAUUACAUUUUCUCUUUUACUUUGGGGCUAUAAUGUACUGUUCCUUUCCUGCAUCAUAGAAUGAAGAGACUGGUGACUGGUUCCAGGAAUGUUGUUAGGAAAAUUUAUAAGGAAAAGUUACAGAAAUAUGUGGUAUUUAUGAGCUUAGUAAAAAAUAUUAUCAGGCUGUUUAAUAGUGUAAACAAUCUGUAAAUAUAUACUUUACAUAUGCAAAACUUUGAAAUAAGGUUCUUUUGCAACUCUGUUACAUUCAGUGUAUAUCUUUGUCCAACAAACCAGCUAGAGGAAUUUACAAUCAGUCAUGUCUUCCAUCUUCUAAAGCAUAAAUCAAUAUAAAAACCAUACCAAUCCAUGCUAUUUUCAACAGGCAGCAUAGCUGAAACGGGUGUUAAGGAGCAUCCUCAUUGUUUUAAUUUUCACUGUCUAGACUCGGAGAAGAGAUCUGCCCUUCCUAGUUUUCAGAUUCUCGGACGAAGGUACUAGACAAAGGGAACACUUUGAACACUGAUUGUUUCAGAAUUUACAAUUUACUGAACCUACACUGCGAGGAUGUUGACUUUAAAUUCUCAGGGACUAGGUCAGUGAUAACAUUCCAUGUAUAAUUAUAUAUAAAAAUGUUUUUCUUUAUAUACCAGAAAAGAAAAGAAUGUGACAUUUUUUAUAUAAAUUUGGUUUUUAGAUAACAUUCACCAUUUCUACAAGAUACAUAUUGUUACCUAUAGCAUAUAGUGUAGUAGUUGUCUUAUAACUAAUGUUGCUUAUUUUUUAUUUUAUGGCAAAUUAUAAUUCUUGAUUGUUAUGCUGUAGGAGUUACUUAGAUGAACUUAAAGACUAUUUUUCAUUUCCAAUUCCAAUAACCAGAUUGUUUACCAAUGUUGCAUUUUGUACCUUAAGUCUAUUGGUUUGGUAAAACAAAGUUUGUUUUAAUAAGGAGUGAUGAUUGUUGACUGGUUCUAAGUAGUAUUGGUCUAUAAAUAAAUAAACUUGCUGUUCUAAACUC